AUGUUACUGAGCGGAGCUACUCCUGCCGGCUCCGGCCCGGGGCCGCGGGCGCAGGGGAGCGCGGGGGGCGGCCCGGCUGGAUCGCGCCGGGGCGCCGGAGGUGCGGGAACCGGCCCAGGAGGGGGCAGCAGCGGCGGAGUGGCCAAGUGGCUCCGGGAGCACCUGGGCUUCCGCGGGGGGGGCGGCGGCGGAGGUGGGGGCAAGCCGGCGCCCCCGGAGCCGGACUACCGCCCCCCCGCACCUUCCCCGGCCGCGCCCCCCGCACCUCCCCCGGACAUCUUGGCCGCCUACCGACUGCAGAGGGAGCGCGACUUUGAAGACCCUUACUCCGGGGGGCCGUCCGGCUCCGCUGCUCUAGCCACCCCUGCCGUUCCCGGCCCCACGCCGCCCCCGCGCCACGGCUCGCCACCCCACCGCCUUAUUCGGGUCGAGACCCCUGGCCCCCCAGCGCCUCCGCCCGAGGAACGGAUCUCUGGACCACCCGCCAGCAGCGACAGGCUAGCAAUUCUAGAAGACUAUGCGGAUCCGUUUGAUGUUCAGGAGACUGGUGAAGGCCCAAUAGGAGCUUCAGGAGCCCCAGAGAAGGUCCCCGAGAAUGACGGUUACAUGGAGCCCUAUGAGGCCCAAAAGAUGAUGGCCGAGAUCCGGGGCUCCAAGGAGACAGCAGCUCAGCCCUUGCCUCUGUAUGACACGCCCUAUGAGCCAGAGGAGGAGGAGGGGGCCACCCCGGAAGGUGAGGGGGCCUCCUGGCCCCGGGAGUCCCGCCUGCCAGAGGAUGAUGAGAGGCCCCCUGAGGAGUAUGACCAGCCCUGGGAGUGGAAGAAGGAGCGGAUUUCCAAAGCCUUUGCAGAUGGCAGCGCCCAGUUUGAAGGAUCUGAGAAGAGCUGCCUGUCACCUGGCCGGGAGGAGAAGGGGCGGCUCCCUCCCCGACUCUCUGCAGGGAACCCCAAGUCAGCCAAGUCCCUAAGCGUGGAGCCCAGCAGUCCCCUGGGGGAGUGGACAGACCGAGCACUGCCUCUGGAAAACCACUGGUACCACGGGGCCAUCAGUCGAACAGAUGCCGAGAACCUGCUCCGGCUGUGCAAAGAGGCCAGCUACCUGGUGCGCAACAGUGAGACCAGCAAGAACGACUUCUCCCUGUCCCUCAAGAGCAGUCAGGGCUUCAUGCACAUGAAGCUGUCCCGGACCAAGGAACACAAGUAUGUGCUGGGCCAGAACAGCCCGCCCUUCAGCAGCGUCCCUGAAAUCGUGCACCACUACGCCAGCCGCAAGCUGCCCAUUAAGGGGGCCGAGCACAUGUCCCUGCUCUACCCCGUGGCCAUCCGGACUCUGUAGGUGUGAGGCCUGGGCAUUGUGACAGAUCUGGACCCAGCCCUGUGCUCAUCCCCUGGCUGAGGGCUGUGGCCCUUCCUGGGCCACAUGAUCUCUCAAACCUUUCUUGGCCCUCUCCCUGGAAUCGAGUGGCAGCUGGAGAUUCCUUAAUUUAUUCUAAAGGGAAGGACUACUGGAGCCUUGGAGUAAGAGGUGGUCUGGAGCUGAGGAUAGAGGACUCCCUGGGGAGAAAGGAUAGCCCCUGGAGGAAGGGAUUUCAGAAUCGCUGAUCUCCUGAGGAGUUUAAGAUAGACAGCUCCAGCCUCUUUCUUCCCCUAGGGCAGAGGUGGCGACCUCCACCCUCUUUACCCAGGGGUGGAGGGGUGGAUUGGGAAUGGAGCUGGACGCGGGCCUUCGGGGUGCUCUAACCACCUCUCCGCCUACACCCCCAAACCACCGGCGGGCUCCGCCGGAGUCUGGUGCGGGGCUUCGGGGAGACGGCAUUGGGGGUGGGGAAGGAGGGGAAGGGCUCGGCCGGAGGGAACUUGUACAGGCCCGGGGCCGCCCCAGCUCU